UGUUCUUUUCAAAUUAUUCUUAUUACUUGUUACUUAUUUUUUUUGAAAUCAGAAUAAGACAAGUAGUGACGAGAUCGAGCAAUCUCCAUCUUCCUCGAUUCGGCUAUCUCCCUCCUCCCUAUUCUGGCGAAGCAGUGACGAGACAAGUAGAUUCCCGGCGAUGCACAGGACUAACGCGAUCGAGCGAGCCGUACCCCAUGAUUCCGACAACCUUCAGCAGCGACGAGGGUGAUUGGGCGCCGACCAGUAGCGGCAACUCUGGGCAGAGCUUCUGGAGGCAAGCUCUGCAGAUUCGUCAACCCUUUUCCCGGCGACGGUGGUAUCCAAGAGCAGCGAGCCUGUAUCCUCAUUCCCAUGCCCCCAUUUUUGAGAGGGUUGAGUUCAAGAACGACAAAUGGUCCCAGAGGUACUCCGUCAUUGAGUUCCCGGCUCACAGUCCCCUUGAUCUACCGGGUGUCGUUCUCCGUCGUUCCAUUUCCCGGACGAAAUUCGCUGCAGCACACUUGGCGGAAGAAGUGUAUAGUGCCUUGAGAGAGAAAGAGGGUUUAAUUUCACACCACUCUCUUCAAGACGCCAAGUUGUACAAGAAGGCGGGUUUCUACUACCCCCUGGGUCCUGACCCGGUUCCAUUUGAAGGGGAGCCUUCCCCUGAAAGAUCGAAGGCUCCUCCUGCCGCAGAAUCCAACCCGGCUAUGAGCUCUUCCGGGAAUCAAUCCCCAGGCAACUCCACUGCCCUGGCUGUUUGCAAGCCGGUUGCUGCCUUGGAGGCCGUUCCCAUCUCUGCCAUUUCUGGGCUUAGAAGGCCCAUUCCGUCCCAGAAACUGCCACGGGAAGGAGUCACUGACGAUGAUUUCCUUCCCAAGAAGAAUAAGGAUGAUGGUACUUCUGUUUCGCCCAGCCCCCUGUCUACUUCUUCUAGUACCCAGCACACCAUCCCUACUGCCACAUCCGGGGUUUGGAGCUACCCCACCCAGAUAGCUUAGAUUGUGAGGGAAAAGAGCUUCGGGACCAGCAUGCGCUCAAGAGACCUGUAACGCAGCCUCAGCCUGAGGUGAUCAUGUAACGCCCCAGAAAUCAGUCUAGAAGUUAAUCGAUAAUUAAAUAAAUAAAAAUUAUUUAUUGACGAUAACUUAUUAUUUUAAAGAACUAAAAGAUAUUUUAGGGUUCCUAAUCGUUUCAAUGUAACGUGACUAAUCUGAUUAUAUUUGUAAGGAUUUAAAUUAAAGGACUCAUUGGUAC